UUUCCUUUAUAUCAUCCCUUUUUCUUCACGUAUCUUCUACAACUAAAAGAAAGAACCCAUUUUUUGGAAAAUUGGUUCUUGAAAGGAUAAAGAUUGAAUCUUUUUUGUGUUUUAUGAAAUGGGUGUUCAGUGUCAAGAAAAUAUUUUGGUUACUGGAGGAGCUGGUUUCAUUGGAACACACACUGUGGUGCAGUUACUGAAUGAAGGGUUCAAAGUUACCAUCAUUGAUAACUUUCAUAAUUCUGUGGAAGAAGCUGUUGAUAGAGUCAGAGAAUUAGUUGGUCCUCAACUUUCACAGAAUCUUGAAUUCCAUUUGGGUGAUAUUAGAAACAAAGAUGACUUGGAGAAGCUAUUUUCUAAGAAAGAGUUUGCUGCUGUGGUCCAUUUUGCUGGACUUAAGGCUGUUGGAGAGAGUGUUGUUCAGCCCUUUCUUUACUUUGAGAACAAUCUGAUUGGAUCAAUAACUUUGUAUUCAGUCAUGGCCAAGUAUAAUUGUAAGAAGUUGGUUUUUUCAUCAUCUGCGACAGUUUAUGGUCAGCCUGAAAAGGUUCCCUGUGUGGAGGAUUUUGAAUUGAAGGCUAUGAAUCCUUAUGGUCGAACAAAGCUAUUUCUUGAAGAUAUUGCUCGGGAUAUCCAGAAGGCAGAUCAAGAAUGGAAUAUCAUACUGUUGAGGUAUUUCAACCCAGUAGGAGCUCAUGAAAGUGGCAAACUCGGGGAAGAUCCAAAGGGCAUUCCCAACAAUCUUAUGCCUUACAUUCAGCAAGUAGCUGUUGGUAGAUUGCCAGAGUUGAAUGUAUAUGGCAACGACUACCCUACACCUGAUGGUACCGCGAUACGAGAUUAUAUCCAUGUUAUGGAUUUAGCGGACGGUCAUGUUGUUGCACUUCAGAGACUUCUAAGGCAGAAUCAUUUAGGUUGUGUUGCCUACAAUUUGGGUACUGGAAAAGGCAAAUCUGUCCUAGAGAUGGUUGCUGCUUUUGAAAGAGCGUCUGGAAAGAAAAUCCCGCUUAAAAUGUGUCCAAGAAGACCAGGAGAUGCCACUGCUGUUUAUGCAUCUACUGAAAAAGCUGAGAAGGAGCUCGGUUGGAAGGCAAAAUAUGGUAUAAAUGAGAUGUGCAGGGACCAGUGGAAAUGGGCAAGCCAAAAUCCUUGGGGUUACCAAUCAAAGCCUUGAAAUGUUAAUUAAAUAAUACAAGUAGCACUUGGAGGACAAAACUGUAGUCAACAUCCUAGUACUUUACAUUUUAUGCAAACAUAGAUGUAUCCAAGGACAAA